AUGGUCAAAGCUGCCCUCAUCCCUCUUGCUGUUGUCGCCUCCGCCGCACAGGCUUUCGACACCAAAAUCAUCAACGGCACCGAAGCCCCCAUUGGCAAGUUCUUGUACACAACGGGGUUGCGCACCAUGGUCAUCAGCGACAACCAAUGCGUGGGGGCGCUGAUCGCCCCCAAGUACGUUUUGACCACCGCCACGUGCGUCCACACGUCGUUGACGUAUUCGUCUGUGGGGUCACACUAUUUGUCGGGGGAUAAGGACGGCGAGCGUAUCAAGAUCGUCAAGCAGACCAGGCACCCUCUGUUCGACCACCACGAGUUUGAUUUUGCCAUCUUUGAGCUGGAAACCGCGAGCAAAAUCGCGCCGGUGAAAGUGAACUUUGACCCAGUGGUCACCCCCGGCUCCUGGGCGACUGUGCGCGGGUGGGGCAAGUUCUCCGACGCGGAAUAUACUCCGUCGCAAGUGCUGCUCGAAGCUGACGUCAAGGUUUGGGACAACGUGGAAUGCGCCAAGGUCUUCGCGGCAUACGGACCCAUCAUGGACACGCACAUUUGUGCCGGCGGCGCCGACAAGGACUGGUGCACCGGCGACAGCGGCGCCCCGCUGAUCGUCAACAAGGCUGGCGAGGACUACGUCGUGGGACUGGCCAGCUGGGGCAGCUCUUGUGCCACCAAGAACGUGCCUGGGGUCUACGCGCGCACGUCCAGCGCCCGCGACUUUAUCGAGCCGUACUUGUCCACCAACCCCGUGCCCACCAACCCCGUGCCCACCAACCCCGUGCCUACCAAGCCCGUGCCCACCACCCCAGUGCCUACCAAGCCCGUGCCCACCACCCCCGUGCCCACCAACCCUGUGCCCACCACCACCAAGCCGUCAUGCUAA